AUGCCACCUCGACACCAAACACUGCCCCCGGCACAGACCGCUGCUGCCCGCGAAGCUCUGCAAUCUUUCUACUGCAGCCUCUGCUCCAAGGGCUACUCCCGUAUGAACGACUAUGAGGCCCACCUUAGCAGCUACGACCACAGCCACAAGCAGCGCCUGAAGGAUAUGAAAGCCAUGGUCCGUGAUCCAAACGCAGGCGCCCGAGCCCGGAAAGCUGAGGCCAAGGCCGACGGACUUGUCAGCAUUAAGCUCGCUUCCAACGAACAGCCACAGCAGGCCGCCGCUGCGGGUGGUUUCAAAAAAGGUGGCUUCAAGAAAUCAGGCUUUAAGUCGGCAUUUGCCUCGGUCGACGCCCCUGCUAUACCCGCGCCGGAUGCGCCGAAAUCAAAAAUUGGCCAAGCACUGGAGGCAGACAGGCUUGCGAAUGCACGUGAACGGGAUGCUCAUGCUGAAAGCGAUACGGAAGAUGAGGGCUACCAAGUCUAUGACCCACGACAUCCGACCGACUGA